GACACUCCGUCUUCCGGUUGCGGUUACUAAUGGCUUCAAAGCUGCUUUCCAUGAGAAGAUUAUCAAGAAUUGUUAAAUCUCGAUGUCCUUCUCUACCUUAUCCUUCUUCUUCAGUUCAGAGAUCUCGCGCUUUGCGUCCUGAAGCUUCUGUUAGUCUCCUUGUUAUAUCAAACACUGAUGUCUUUCCUUCGUCUUCCUCUUCCAGAAACUUCUGCUCUCGUCCUUUCAAUCUCGACGACGCCGAAGGCCCUGCCACCAUUGAUUACCGUUCUCUUCUGCAGGAGGAAGAUUUUCAAAGACUAGCUGAUUUGACAAUCCAUGACCUGCAAGAGAAACUUGAGGAAUAUGGUGAUGAUGUCCAAAUUGAUGGAUUUGACGUAGACUACGGGAGUGAUGUUUUAACUGUAAAGCUUGGGGCUUUGGGCACUUAUGUGUUGAACAAACAAACUCCAAAUAGACAAAUUUGGUUGUCUUCCCCAGUGAGUGGUCCAUCCAGGUUUGAUUGGGAUAAAGACGUUCAAACUUGGGUUUAUAGGAGAACAGGAGCAAAAUUGUAUGAAGUACUUGAAAGUGAGUUGAAGCAACUAUGCGACGAACCUAUCAGCCUCAGCUUUUCUUGAACUGCAUGUUCUAUCACAUACCCAUACUUUGAUUUAUCUCUUUUUAUCAGCAGCACUUGCAUGCUAGUAGAAUAUCUAUGUUUACGGUUUUAGCUUCACCAUUUAUCUAUGUUUAGAUUUGGAUCCCUUUUUUUCUUUUUAUCCAAGAAAUGUAUUUGAAGUCUUGUCCAGCUGCCAGCAUCAUAAUUUAUGAAUGAUAUAUCAAUGCUUCUUUGCCUAUAAUUUGUAUUGGCAAUUGGUUUGGAGAUCAGUAUCUCAAAAAGAUCAUAAUGCAACAUUGUAAUACAUGUAUGCUGUGUAGCAUAAUAUGUUAUAAAGAUGGGCAACUUUCAGACAA